CCCGGUAUUAUACGGAGACGGAGCUCUCAAGCACCAGAAAAUGGCAUCCCCUGCCCAAAAGAAGAAAGAAGAGGCCAGCCUCAAAAUGCUCCGUGAAUUGGUCGCCCUCCCGCACAACAAGCAGUGCUUCGAGUGCCAACAGAGAGGGCCUACGUAUGCUGACAUGACGACGUGUGCUUUCCUUUGUACGCAGUGUAGCGGGUUCUUGAGAGGAAUUAAUCCGCCCCAUAGAGUCAAAUCUGUUUCAAUGACCACUUUCUCGAGCGAUGAAGUGCAGAAACUUAGAAAUGGUGGAAAUGAAAUGGCCCGUAUGAUAUGGCUUGGUAAAUGGGACCCAAAGAGAGACAGAGAACCCACCAAGAAAGACGAGCAAGCCUUCAGAGAGUAUCUUAGAGACAAAUAUGAGCGCAAGAAAUGGUACAGGGACCCAAGUGAGGUGAAGAAAGACAUUGCGUCAAGAAGUCCUGAAGCUGCAUCCACAGUGACACCCACCAGUCUUCCAUCAAUACCACCUCCCUCACAACAAGGUAGUUCCCGGCCUGUGACUGCUGCAUCUCAGCAGGCUCCUAAGGCCCAAACGCCACAGCAGCAACAGAAAGCUCCUACCCCAAUCCAGCCACCAGCUACCAAACAGAAUGAAGUUAGCUUACUUGAUAUCUCCGAUCCAGUUGUAACUAGUCCUCCUACUGGAGGUGUGUCAGUGUUUCCUCCAGGCCCGCCCCCUGUCUCUCAAUCUGUUAAUCAGCCACAACCACCUCUUGCAGCAAACAAUGAUUUUGGCGCAUUUACAUCAAGUGGAGCUCCUACUGGCAAUUUUCUAGUUGCUAGUAGUUCCGGUAGCAGCAUUGGCCAGCCUCCCUCCUCAGGGCCUGCCCCUCCUCUGUCAUCUGGUGGUGGCGCUGGCGGUAAUUUAUCAGCUGCUGACAGAUACUCUGCAUUAGCUAGUCUUGAUCAAACACUCAAAGACAUACGACUACAAGAGGAAGAGAAACAACAACAGCAGCAGCAACAGCAACAGUUACAACAGCAACAGCAACAAAUGCAACAGCAACAGCUACAACAGCAACGACAAAUGAUGAUGAUGCAGCAAGGCAUGGCUGGAGGUAUGGUUGCUAAUCCUUUUGGAGGUGGAGCAGGAGGAGGAGGAGGAGGAGCUGUUUUAGAGAAAAGAGAAUCCAAUCCGUUUCUUCUGGGAGGGCACACUCCUCCUGUAACUGGACCGAUGAGACAGCAGGGUGGAGGGGGAGGAGCCUUUGGUAACUUUGGUAAUAUGGGCCCUGCUCAAAUGAUGGGAGGAGCUCAGAUGAUGGGCAGUGGACAGAUGGGCGGAGUUCAAAUGGGAGCAAACCCUCAGUUUAUGGGUGGAUCCCCAGUAAUAGGUGGAGCCCAAAUGGGAAUGCAAAUGAGUCCACAAAUGGGAGGAGCCCAGAUGGGUUACGCUCAGCAAGGUGGUAUGGUUGGUAUGGGCCAGCAGCAGUUCCCAGGAGGAGGGGGAGGGUUUGGUGUGGGGUUUGGGAUGCCUGCUGCAAGUCAGCAAGGUAUGAUGAUGGCUGGGGGCGGUCAAUGGCAGCAACAACAGGCUGUUCCUCCACAGCAGCAGGCACAGUGGGGAGGAGGCGUGUCUCCUUCUCCUGUUGGUCAUCAUCAGUUUGGUUUUGCUCCAGCAGUUCAAGGGAGUCCUCAGCUUCCUCAGCAUCAGUUUGGAGGCUUUACGUCUCAGCCAGCCUCUGCCAAUAAGCAGCAACAGCAGUUCAAUUGGAGUAGCUCUCAGACUACCCCCACUACAACUGCCCCAUCAUUUAGUGGAACGGGUUGGUGUGGAGGGUUAUCAAAACCUGCUCCUCAAGCCUCUUCAGUUCAAUCUCCAACUUCACAAACCUCAACCACACCCACUGGCUGGAGCAACAUGUUGAUGGGCUCUACCACCACUAAUGCUGGAACUGGUACGGGGUCUGCUGGCGGAUGGAAUAAUGCUGGAACCGGUACUGGGUCUGCUGGCGGUUGGAAUAGUGCUGGAACUGGUACGGGGUCUGCUGGCGGUUGGAAUAAUGCUGGAACUGGUACUGGGUCUGCUGGCGGUUGGAAUAGUGCUGGAACUGGUACGGGGUCUGGUGGCGGUUGGAAUAAUGCUGGAACUGGUACGGGGCCUGCUGGUGGAUGGAAUAGUGCUGGAACUGGUACGGGGUCUGGUGGCGGUUGGAAUAAUGCUAGUGCUGCUGGUACGGGGUCUGCUGGUGGUGGAUGGAAUGCUUCAGCUGGUUGGGGUAGUGGUGGCGGAGCCAAUCCUUUUGCUUCAACAGGAGGGUCACAGCAGCAGUCCACUAGGAAUCCCUUCAUGUGAUAUAAUUACUUAUUGCACAAGAUAUUAAUAAUAGGCUAUAAACUAGCUUCCAUUUUUACCAUUACCUCUCAAUUUUCAUUUUGUUAUUGUUAGGCAAGCAAACAAGCAAGCAGUAUUAUUAUUAUUAUUAUUAUUAUUAUUAUUAUUGUGUCGUUAUUAUAAGUUUUGUUGGUUUGUCGUUCAUUUUUAAUUUAAUGCAUUGUGGUAAUAAUUAAAGCAAUUAUUACUUGUUUAUUUAUUACUUAUUAAAUGUUAAUUACUUGGACACCUUCAUGAUUAUUAUUAUUAUUAUUACUUUUACUUGACAAAAUGAGCAAGCGAAAUAUUUGUAAAUUUUACCUCAAA